AACCGGAAUGGAUAAACCUGCCGUGUCUUUGGGACUUGAGCUACUGAACAGUGUCUUCGGGAAGCCUUGGAGUGAAAAAUGCAGAGAAAUUAGAGAGGCUUCCCCUUAUGGAGAAGUACAAGGUUGGAGACUUGCAUCUUUCCUUAUGAAGGCUGGCGAAGAUAUACGAAGAGAGGCUCUCGUCAUGCAGAUUAUAUCCAAACUGCGGAACUGGUUUGAUGAGGAAAUUCCUAUUGCUCACAGACCGUAUAUGCGUCCAUACACGAUUAUGUGCGUUGGCGGAGAUGCUGGGUUGAUCGAGUGUCUAUCAGAUGCCAAAAGUAUUGAUGAGGUUAAGAAGCAAACUGAUAGUUUCACGACGCUCCGCGACUAUUUCGAGCGAGCCUAUGGCCCCCCUACUCGGCGAAAGAACAACUUCCUACGGUCUUUAGUCGGCUACAGCGUUGUGUGCUAUGUACUUCAAAUCAAAGAUCGUCACAACGCAAAUAUCCUGUUAGAUCGAGAAGGCCAUAUUAUGCACAUAGACUUUGGA